CGUUCGUUAUUCUGAGAAUGGCGCCACACUUAGAGAUAUUUCGCUUUGCCAGAAUCACGAUGAUCGUAUCAGGCAUCUGGAAAUUAGAACUAUGCGAUCCUUUCAAACACUGUUCACGUGUGUAUCCUAUUUAUUCGGUAAUGGUCCACGUGAUAUAUACUUCGUUUCCUCUACUGCUCUUAAUAAAUUUCCCUCAUCUCGUGAAAAACGACCCAAGUGAAGCGAUGGAGACGAUAUCGAAAAUUCUCUAUGGUAUCUUAUCUAUAGUGAAGUUGUUUUCGUAUCAAUCCGAAAGUUCCCAAUGCCUGCUCGCCAAAGCUAUUCAAGAAGAGGGACAUUUAAAUGACCAUGGUGACGACUUCGUCAAAAGAAUCCACGAACUGCACGUUUCGUAUUGUAACGUAUUUAACAAAUUUAUUUUGAUGUCCGUGGUCUUCGGAGGGUCCGUGUUGUGCGAGUUUGGGAUAGCGGAUAGUUAUAAAUUCCAUCGACUACCAAAGAACGAGAGCGUUAAUGUGGCGAAGCCGCUACCGCUGCCAUUUUGGUAUCCUUUCGACGAAAACAAACAUCACGUCUGGGUUCUGGUUGAGCAGCUGCUAACGAUAGUAUGGUGCGCCUUAUUAUUUAUUUCGGUACAGAUUUUUAGUAACUCCGCUUUGAUUUAUAUGAGAGGACAGUUAAAAAUCUUACAGAAAUCCUUUAAAGAAUUUCACCAAAAUAUGGUCGAAGGUGACAGCAAUAGUGGCCUUACAGCAUUGAAACACAUAUGUGUCAAACAUCAAAACCUAAUUGGGUACAUAAAUACUGCAAACCGUGCUUUCAGAACCGUAGUGUUUUUUGAAUAUGGUAUUUCCUCAGCAAUGCUAGCUACAGCGCUUUUCCAAGUCGUUGCGGGUAGAAACGUAACAACCAAUGUUAUUCACGUGUCGGUACUAACCAGUCAACUCUUACUCUUGGCUUGGUCGUCAGACGAAAUAGUAGCCCAGAGUCUCGAAUUGGCACCGGCACUUUACCAAAGCAACUGGUACGAAUGUGACAAGGAUUCUAGAAUACUGAUCAGAAUAAUGCUGAUGAGAUGUCAAAAGCCUUUGAGUAUUGAUAUAGGUUCGUUUGGAGCUAUGACAGUUCGGUCAGCCAUGUCGCGAUUGAAACUGGCGUAUUCGUAUACAUCAGUAAUGACGAAGUGAUCGUAAAAACCAAUUAUGCAAUUAUCAUUCGUGCAGAAAGUAUCAGCUUUGUUACCCCCAAUUGCUAACCACUUCGGACAUUUCCGAUACAUUUUUAACCUGAGUGUAUUGGAUAGUUUUUUUUCUUGAAUUAGCCUAUUUUCGAGGUAUGUUCUAUAUUUUCUACAAAUGUUAAUUGUUAAAUACACCCUCAUUCGAAUUAACUGUGUUAUAGUAUAUUCACCUGCCACCAUUUUCAAAAACAAGAAAAUUUCAAGGAACACCCAGUUAACAAAUAUCUUACCUAAUUAGAUAAUAUUACCUAUUAGUAUCGAAUUGGCUGGUGUCUUUAAAAGGAGAAACAGUAUUAAUUUUUGUAAUCCAAGAUAAUAUGCAUGAUAGUAUCUUUCUAGAAAUGAAAACGUAGCAUCACAUUUUUUGGAAUGUCGCCUCGCUUUCCAAAUACAGGCUGUAAAAAAAAUUGAUGCGUUUUCUUUUUGUUAUUAAUUUAGUGCAAACUGUACUUUAGUGAUGAUAUUCUUGUAUAAAAAAAACUUACCUAACCAGCAUCAAAUUUCUUUUUUGCAUUAGGUUUAUGCAAUUUUAAAUAACUCAGAUCUCAACCUAUUUAAUAAUAUGCAAAUUACUCUAUCGAAUAAAAAACUGUAUACUUGAAAAUCACUUUGAAAAAACGCUGAAACGAUAGACAUGGUGUUAACACAUCAGGAAGAGAAUUUCCAAGUACGGGACUGGAACGUGGAAGCGGAUUGCAAAAUUGAAAUUGUCUAUUGUAUUAAAAUU